AUGGCCAAUUUAAAGUCUGAUUUAGAUGAAUAUUUACUUCAAAACGAAAAUCGUCGCAGUUAUAAGAUUAGUUUACCAUUUUCAACUCCUAGUUUCUUUUCUCGAAGUAAUGACGAAACUCCUACCAGCUCAAACAGCUCUACCGGAACUUGGUUCGAAAAUGUACAAAAAGAAUACUUUACCUUGAGUCGAACACAGCGAUUCAUGGGAUUUGGAAUAUGUCUGGCAUUAGGCUUAUUAUGUUUCUUGUUAUCAUUUAUCUAUAUACCAGUUUUAGUACUGAAGGCCAAAAAGUUUUCCCUUCUGUUUACAUUGGGCAGCGUCUUUUUCAUAUUUAGUUUUAGUUUUCUCUAUGGUCCAUGGGCGCAUAUGAAGUCACUAUUCUCCAAAGAAAAAGUUCUUAAUACAAUAAUAUAUGGAUUUACAUUAAUAGCAACAUUGUAUUGUGCAUUGUAUUUAGAAAGUACCCUGUUUACUGUUUUAUGUGCAAUUGCUCAAAUUGUGGCGUUAAUGUGGAUGAUGUUCGGUUCUAUUCCUGGUGGAUCGUCCGGAGCCAGCGUGGAAGAUGAGCAAAUCAUCCGUUCCAUGGGAAUUUCAUCAGAUUUUUUGUAUAUUCCAGAUGAGGCAUUGACUUGCAAUGUGUGCGACAGAUCGUUUCCCACGCGGCGUCAACUAAGCGACCAUCAGCAGAAAAAACGACAUUUUGGAUGCAGCGCUUGCGACAGUCUUUUCCCAUCGCUGAUGGCUCUCGAGCACCAUAAAGAAGAAUUCCAGCAUUGGAGCGACUCGUCAUACUGCUCCCAUAGCGACAGCGAGGACAGCGACGAUUGCGACCGCCAUAGAUUACUC